AUGUCUGCGCCUGCGCCGGCCAAGCGCGGCCGGGCUGAGGCCGACGCCGUCGAGGCUGCGUCGCAGCCCAAGGUGGCGCGGACGGAGAAGACCUUCGAGGUCGGCGCGCGCGUCUGGUCCAUCUUCUCGCCCGGCGAGGAGGGCGGCCAGGAGUGGUACGCCGGCACGGUCGUCGGCCUGCGGCCGGCGGAGAGCGGCCUCGUCACGGUGGUCUGGGACGACGGCAUCGUCCUCGACAGCGACCGCAACUACCUCGAGUUCCAGCACCCGCCGGACCACGCGCACCGCGUGCCUCUGAAGAAGCCGAACGCCGAGGCGCGCAAGGCUCUGCUCUCGUGGAAGCUCCCGUCCGCCGUCGCCGCCGCGGCGCCGCCCAAGGCGCCGCCGGCGAAGAAGCCGGCGAAGAAGAAGGCGGCCAAGGCCCCGGCGGCCAAAGCGCCUGCGGUCAAGAACGGCGCGGCGGCGAAGGCGGCGGCGCCCAAGGCCGCGCCCAAAGCCGCUCCGGCCAAGGCGCCGGGGCCCAAGGCGGCGGCGCCCAAAGCUGCGAAAGCGGCCGCCCCCGCGCCGAAGGCCGCCCCCGCGCCCAAGGCCGCCCCCGCGCCCAAGGCCGCCCCCGCGCCCAAGGCGGCCGAGGCGGGGCCGCCGCCGCCGCCGCAAAAGCUCACGGACAAGACGGGCGUCGCUCUCGUCAAGAGCCUCGUGAACCUCGUCAUGCAGGAGCCCAAGCCGAAGCUGCGCGCCGACACGAACGGGAACGUCACGCUCCUCACCGGCGACUCGCCGCGGGCGAAGCUGCCGUGGAAGGAGCUCGUGCCCGAGGCCAAGGCGCGAGGCAAGGCCGCCGUCGCGCUCGCGGAGUGCAGCCUCUCCGCGCGGCUCCAGCACGGCGACUUCGACCUCGGCGAGGGCGAGUGCCGACAUCUGCCCGUCGGCAAGUACUUCCUGCCCAUGCUCAAGCACGUGAAGACGGAGGCCGAGGGCAAGGCGUGGGUCGCCGCGCUCCACAAGCACGGCGGCCCCGCGAACGUGGACAAGGGGUGCGCCACGUUGAAGGACUACGGCCGCCUCCCGCCGCCCCCAUCGACGACCACGGCGGAGACGGACCCGCUCAAACCGCGGCGGCACGGCAUGGAGGGCGGCCAGAAGACGCUGGAGGAGCCCCUGCGGCACGGCGACGAGAGCGUCCACGUCGUCCACAAAUACCUGACGCCCUACGACGCCGACGAGCAGCGCUACGUGCCCUUUGAGGAGACGGGCGGCCGCAUCCGCUGCCUCGAGUGGGCCAUCGUCGCGCUCAACGUCGUGAACGUGCUCAUCUACCUGAUCGAGUGGACGGGCGCGACGGUCGUCGGCGUCAUCGUCAUCUUCUUCAGCCGGACGAUCAUGCUGGGCUGCACGGUCGCGCUCUGCCAGGGCAACUGGAACCAGGCCCUCUUCUUCCGCCAGUUCGGCCGGAAGAACCAGAACCGCUUCGCGAACAUCGGCAUCGUGAUCAACCUGCUCGUGUGCGCCAUCGUGCGCCUCUGGAUCCAGUUCCUCGACGACGGCACGCCCUACAGCGACAAGACGUGGUGGUACAUCCCGUACCAAAUUUCCUACAUCCUGCCCUACGGCUACUUCCUGCUCCUGGACGCGCUCCACAAGUCGUCGCACGCCUUCCGCAUCUUCGUCGUCGCCGUGCCCCUCUGCCGGCUCAUCGUCGACUGGGCGUACUACGCUAGGACGGACUGCGGCGACAUGAACCGCCUCAAGUUCUUCGGCCUGGGCCUGGGCUUCGGCGAGACGUACCUGAGCGCGUCGUCCCUCGCCAUCGUCGCCGCGGCCUUCCCCUUCGUGAUCAACGUGCUGAGCGACGAGUUCCGGACGAAGGUCCACCUCUUCUCCUCCGUGCAGCUGCGGAAGGCCGUCCUCGCGGAGAUCGCCCAGGAAGGCUAA